AUGUUCAGAAACGCGCUCCGGACGAGCGCCCGCGCCGCCGGCGCCCUGUCGACCAGCAGCACCACCAGAUUUGCAGUACGUCAACCCCAUGCCCACCGACGCCGCCCGGAGCUCCAAUGCCUCCCGAAUCCAUCGCCGGCGAGCUCGAUCGACCUGUACCGAGCGCUUGGAGACGGUUGGGCCAGUAUUGGAGCGCUAUGGGAGCUUUGGGCGAGCUCUGAAAACAUGCCUACCUGCCCCGAGGCUAUUCAGGGUCAAGCGCGCUAACAUCAUCUCUUUUCAUGAACAGCAGCGAACAGCGCCCGCCGCCGUCAACGCAUUCACUCGCGGCUAUGCUGCCGACGCCAAGGCCUCUCCCACCGAGGUCUCCUCAAUCCUCGAGCAGCGAAUCCGUGGUGUGCAGGAGGAGUCAGGUCUCGCCGAGACUGGCCGUGUCCUCACUGUCGGGUAUGGCGGACAUGAAUAGCAAUACAGAAAGAACAAACAUGGCUGAUACAUUGCAAAGUGACGGUAUUGCCCGUGUCUAUGGCAUGAACAAUGUCCAGGCUGAAGAGCUGGUCGAGUACGUCGGAUACAUGAAGUUCACAUUGGGAUACAGAUACUAACCUCCGUCAAGGUUCGCCUCUGGCGUCAAGGGCAUGUGCAUGAACCUCGAAGCCGGUCAGGUCGGUGUUGUGCUUUUCGGUUCCGACAGAUUGGUCAAGGAGGGUGAGACCGUCAAGCGUACCGGCGAGAUCGUGAGUUGGCUGCAGUACCAACCAAAGGACGUACUUUCAAUACUAACAACGCCCAGGUCGAUGUCCCAGUCGGACUGGAGAUGCUCGGCCGUGUUGUUGACGCUCUUGGAAACCCCAUCGAUGGCAAGGGCCCAAUCAAGACCACGGAGCGACGCCGUGCUCAGAUGAAGGCUCCCGGCAUUCUUCCCCGCAAGUCCGUCAACCAGCCCGUGCAGACCGGUCUCAAGUCCAUCGACGCUAUGGUUCCUAUCGGCCGUGGUCAGCGUGAGUUGAUUAUCGGUGACCGCCAGACUGGGAAGACUGCUGUUGCCCUCGACGCGAUGCUGAACCAGAAGCGCUGGAAUAACGGGAACGAUGAGACGAAGAAGCUUUACUGUAUCUACGUCGCUGUGGGUCAGAAGCGUUCUACUGUUGCUCAGCUCGUCAAGACUCUCGAGGAGAAUGAUGCUAUGAAGUACUCCGUCAUCGUCGCCGCCACUGCUUCUGAGGCUGUAAGUUUUGCCUUUUCCAAACGACAUUUCCAAACUUUAACUAACCUUUAUCCAGGCUCCUUUGCAGUUCUUGGCUCCUUUCACCGGUUGCUCCAUGGGCGAGUGGUUCAGAGAUCACUCGCGCCACGCCGUCAUCAUCUACGACGAUUUGUCAAAGCAGGCCGUUGCCUACCGUCAAAUGUCCCUCCUGCUCCGUCGCCCACCAGGCCGUGAGGCCUACCCCGGAGAGUAAGUUCAGUCUGUCCCCCACCAACAAGAGUCUGCAGCUAAUGAGUGCAGCGUCUUCUACCUCCACUCCCGCCUUCUCGAGCGCGCCGCCAAGAUGAACGACAAGCUCGGCGGCGGUAGCUUGACUGCCCUCCCCAUCAUCGAGACUCAGGGCGGUGACGUCUCCGCUUACAUUCCAACCAACGUCAUCUCCAUUACAGAUGGGCAGGUCUUCUUAGAGGGCGAGCUGUUCUACAAGGGUAUUCGUCCAGCCAUCAACGUCGGCCUCUCCGUCUCUCGCGUCGGCUCCGCCGCUCAGGUCAAGGCCAUGAAGCAGGUUGCGGGCUCUCUCAAGCUCUUCUUGGCUCAGUACCGUGAGGUACGUACUGCAUGUUCCCACUACUGAUAACAUUACUGACUCUGUCCAGGUCGCCGCCUUCGCACAGUUCGGUUCCGACUUGGACGCUGCUACCAAGCAGACCCUGAGCCGUGGUGAGCGUCUCACCGAGCUGCUCAAGCAGAAGCAAUACAGUCCUAUGGCCGUCAACGAGAUGGUUCCCUUGAUCUUCGCUGGUGUUAACGGUUACCUCGACAAAGUUCCAGUCAACAAGAUUCUGCAGUGGGAGGCCGACUUCCUUAACCACAUCAAGACCAACGAGAGCGGACUCAUGGAGACGAUUGACAAGGAGGGUGCGCUCAGCAAGGACCUCGAGGCUAAGCUGAAGGAGGUUGUGCAGAACUUCACCAAGAACUUCUCGUAG